AUGACGCACGAGAGGCCUGGAUUUCGACCCUUGGACAUCUCAAAUUUUGGCGUCGAUCCGGAUGAUGAAAGAAACCCUUGCCCUGUCUAUGACAACGCCGUUCCUCACCUUGUGGCUGCAAGGGAUGAAGCCAGUGAGUCUCCGAGAAUACAUCAUCUGGACAGAUAUAUUCUUUCACGACAAGAGCACAAUCUUCAAACCUUUGAAAUCCCCUACCACUCUCUCGUCAAAGUUCCUGUGGGCAGAGGUUAUCAUCGAUUCCGACCCAUAUUUCGGCCGAAUUGCAUGGGGAGAAAGCAAUCUAUGCACCCAACAGACGAGGAAAUACAAUCGAAUAGGAACACCGGAGACAAGAAUCAUUUCAGAAAUCGGACCAUGGAGAACAUGACUGUACUCUGUUCGAGCCGACGUGCGCGUGACAACCAUGCUCGAGCUGGAGUCGAGUAGCGAUCGGUCGAGCGUACCAACCCAAGAAGAAGCAGCGCACAAGAAGUCUUGGAGACAUGAUUCGAUUUCUUCGAACGGACUUGGCCUGGUCAAGACUAGCAUCAUGAGGAGUCACUCAUAACGAGGACAACAUAUGGUUGAAGAUUUCACAAAAUUUGGAGAUUUCAGGACACAGAGAGCAAUGGCAUUAUCUAUUGUAUAUUAGAUCUGAUGAAUGUUGUUUGGACAUCGCUGA